CCAUAAGUACAUAUUCAUCGAUCUUUGCUCUUCGCCAUCAAACACGCCAGAUAAGCCACAUCAUCGCCAUGAAUGUGGCAGAUUUCAGCACCAAUAGGCACUCUUCCAAUAUGCACAUGACUAUGCACAUGGCGAGCAAACAUACGGAUCUUUACUUCAACGACGGAAAUAUAAUCUUGCUCGCUGGCAUGUCCUAUUUCUUGGUUCAUCAAGGGCUUCUGGCACGGCAUUCCGAGGUUCUGGAUGAGCUUAUGCGCUCCUUGGACAAAAAUCUGACACACGAAGACCGCCCAGUCCUUACCUUACCAGACCCGUCUACAGAUGUAACGCACUUCUUGAAAGCGAUGUAUGAUGGAAUGCUCCUGCGCAUGUUAACCAAGUACAAGGUGCACCAUCUCCGGACUGAUAUCUUACGCGGACUUUCCAACUACUGGCCUACUACCCUUACUCAAUGGGAUACGCGUGAAGCCUCUGUGACUGGACAAGAUGGUACCUAUACACCACGCGAUUCUCUGCCGCACCCUAUAGAAAUCAUUAACCUCGCUCGUGAAAUCGAUCACGUGCCACUUCUGCCAUCCGCAAUGUACGACCUAACCCGUUCCUCUCCAAGUGAGGCUGCGAUUGGUUUCGUGUCACCGUUCACCGGCAUAAACGUCAGAUUAGAAUACGCCGAUCUUCUGACCGUUCUCAAGGGUCGCGAACAAGCUUCUCGAUUUUUCUCAACGUUCAUCGUCAACAACCUGGAAGGAAGACAGCCUUCUCGAUGGUGUCUACGUCGCAAGGAUGGCCACCCCGUCAACAAGAGGACCUGUCAGAUUGCGUUCGAGGCCAUCACGUUCGAACUUUUGCGAGAUAUCAACGGCAUCAUCAGUAAUCGGACCUCGGACCCACUGUACGCGAUGACCGAAGCAGAGCAAAUGCAGAUCCGCGACGACCUGUUGAGCAGCGAGGUUUCUCCCAUGAAAACGUGCGAACACUGUCGGGUGGAAUUUGGAGCGGUAGUUGAUGCAGCAAAAGAAGACUUCUGGAAAAAGUUGCCCAAGUGGUUCGAUAUAGAUGUUUCCCCCCUGGGACCAGAGCAAACCUCAAAACACUUAAGGUCGAUCGCUGCUAAUGCUUAA